GGAGGUGGGGUUUCACGGAGGGAGGAGGACAACGACGAGCUCAGGGACGGUGCGCCGGCGCUGUUGCUCGUCGGGUGCCUCCUUGGGCUCGGCACCGGCAUCUGUGUCGCGACGUUCAACCGUGAGAGUGUUGUGUUGGUGCAUGACUUCUGAUUCAAGACGGCUAGCGGGAGGAGAGAUCAGGCCUCUUCCGUUGCAGGCACCACACGACCAGUGCCGCGGGCAUGGGCGCGAUUGGUCUGGGCGGGGCACCGAGGAGCGUGCGUACGAGGCGACGGAGAAGGUCGGACACUCGGACGGGACUGACCCGGAGGACGAAGACGGCGAGGCAGCGCUCUGCUUGGCAUCCGGGACGGCCCCGCCCUUCUCGUGGCGAAAACUAUGGCUGUUCACAGGGCCCGGGUUCCUGAUGAGCAUCACGUUCUUGGACCUGAGCAACCUUGAGGGGGACCUCCAGGCCGGCGCCGCUGCGGGGGACACGCUGCUGUGGCUGCUCAUGUGGGCCACCGCCAUGGGCCUCCUCGUGCAGCUCCUCACCGUGCGCCUCGGGGUUGCCACGGGCCGGCACCUCACCGAGCUCUGCCAGGACAAGUACCCAGACUGGGCGCGCCAUGCGCUCUGGCUCAUGGCCGAGGUCGCCAUGGUCGGCGCCGACAUACAGGAGGUCAUUGGUAGUGCCAUCGCCAUCAAGAUCCUCAGCAGGGGGUACCUGCCGCUCUGGGCCGACGUUGUCAUCACCGCCUUGGAUUGUGCUGAAAGACCAGUGCCUGUUGAUCACACCUUCUUCGAGUUUGGAUCAAUUCGAUAUCAUGUAGAGACUUCAGCAUCAGAUUCUGAGAACAUAUAUUUGUUGAUAUCAACACCAUCUCUCUCCCACGAAGCUUCACCCUCCUCGAGCGGGUUGCUUGAAAUCACACUAGAGGAGACGAGGAAGAUGUAUCAGAAGUUCGCAGAGAUUAUCGAGCCACCUAAAGAAGGAUAUGUCCUGACACUGAAAUUGAACUUCUCCAGCCUUGCUCGACCAAUUCUGGACAAGCUACUUUUGUAUACCUUUUACAUUGUGGGGUUAGGAGAUAGGGUGGGAAAGCCACUAUCCAACAGUCAGAUGGACCAUAAAUUAUUUAUUUUAGAUGUAGAUAAGCCUCCAUAGCUAUGUUUGCCUUCUUUCUGAGAAAUUCUGGACUUCUGGUAGGAUCUAGACUAGGUGUUGGGUCAUAGCCAAAUGUUGUAUACUCAAUCUAUUUGUUAGAAAUGGCGGGAUAUUCAAACAAUUGGCCCAUUCUUGUAAGUUUGAAGAUGGAAUUCAAGUUGCCCUUGCAUCA